AUGGCCUCGCCGUGGCCUCUCGCCAUCCCCACCGACUCGCACUUCUCGCUCAACAACGUUCCCUUUGGCGUCGUCUCGCGCCGUCAAGAUGGUGCUCCUCGCGUCUGCGCAACUCGCAUCGGCGACCACGUCGUCGACCUGAGCCUCCUCGAGGCCGAGGGCCUCCUCGACGACGCGCUCGGCGGCGGCGACUCGAGCUCGCAGCGCCGCGUCUUUGAUCAGCCCACGCUCAACGCCUUUGCGGCCCUGCCCGUCGAGACGAGGAACGCCGUCCGCCUCGCCGUCCAGACCCUCCUCUCGCCCGCCUCGUCGACCCUGCGCGACAACGCCCAGCUGCGCGAGCGCGCCAUCCUCCCCCUCGACGCCGUCACGCCGCACUCCCGCUCUCGAUCCCCGACUUUGUCGACUACUCGAUCUUCCCCGCCCACGCCCUCGGCGCCGGCCGAGCCAUUUUCGGGGCAGGUGCGCGCGUUCUCUCCCGGCCGCGAGGUCAGCAUCGGCGCGAGCAAGGCGCUCGACUGGGAGUUUGAGAUUGGAGCCUUUGUCGCCAACUCGACGCCAUCCGGCUCGACCCUGUCGCCCUCGUCGGCCCAGUCGCACAUCUUUGGCUACGUCCUCCUCAACGACUGGUCGGCGCGCGACAUCCAGUCGCUCGAGAUGGUCCCGCUCGGGCCCUUCAACGGCAAGUCGUUCGCGACGACCGUCUCGCCCUGGGUCGUCCUCCCCGCCGCGCUCGAGCCGUUCGAGGUCGACAAGGAGGUGGCGCCCGAGCUCGAGGGCAACGAGGCGCCCGAGUACUUACGCGAGAAGGCCGGCGUCAAGUCGGCGUACGACCUCGAGUGCACGACUCGGUUGCGCACCUCGUCCGACCCCUCGACCGCCGCGCACCUCAUCAGCACGGCCAAUUUCCGCGCCGCGCACUGGUCCUUUGCGCAGCUCGUCGCGUACCAGACGUUUUCCGGCGCGCGCCUCCAGACGGGCGACCUCCUCGGCUCGGGCACCGUGUCGAACCACGGCGAGCGCCGGCAGGGGUGCCUCCUCGAGCUCGCAAAGGGCGGCAAGGAGCCGCUCGAGCUAGAGCUCGGCGGCGGUGGCGGUGGCGGGGCGGGCGGUGAGCGACGCGCGUGGCUCGAGGACGGCGACGAGGUCGUGUUCUGCGCGAGGGCGGGCCCACAGGGCUCGGGCGUCGGGUUUGGCGAGCUGAGGGGCAAGGUGCUCCCGGUGAGCGCGCUCAGGGCCGCGUGA